UUUGUCAGUGCGUGAGCGCUGCGCACAUGAGGAGCAUGGCUGGGGGAGAGGUGGCGGAGGAGGAGGAGGCCGUGGUUGCAGGAGCACAGCCGUGGGAGCUGGACGGCAGGCGGGACCCUUGAAGCGGGGCAGCAGUUCGUGGAAAAGCCCAGCCCAGAAAGAAGAAUUUCUGACAUGCUGGCUGCGGAUGAAUUUCUGAUAUCGCCACCAAGGAAGACAGUCAGAUUUGGUGGUACACUGGAAGAGAUCUUGCUGAAAUACCAAAAGGGUGAGAUAACUGACUUCAGUUUGUUGAAGAAUCAGCUGUUGGAUCCAGACAUAAAAGAUGACCAGAUUAUUAACUGGCUUCGUGAAUUCCGGUCUUCAGUUACGCAAUUGACCAAGGAGUUUGAAUAUCUUGUCACAAUCGUGUUGAAGCUGCCAUGGCUGAGAAGAAGCCAAGCGGUGGUGGAAGAGUACUUGGCUUUCCUGAGUAACUUAAUGUCUGCACAGACAAUCUACCUCAGACCAUGUCUUGCAAUGAUUGUCUCCCACUUCGUACCACCUCGAAUAAUCAUACAAGAGAAUGGUGUGGACAUCUCUGACUCAGACGAUGAUGAAAAUGUUCCUGAGGGCUUCAACACCUGCCAUAGAGCAUUACAAACAAUUGUAAGAUACGUCCCUCUGACGCCACAAUUUCUCAUGCCAGUGCUCGUCAAAAGAUUUCCCUUCAUCAAUAAAUCAGAAAGGACUCUGCAAUGUUAUGUGCAUAACCUGCUACGGAUUACUGGAUACAUCCCAACACUGAGACAUGACAUUUUGGAGCUGGUUAUUGAAAGGCUAUUAAAGAUGGAUGUGAGUGCCCCCAGGAAAGAUAUCGAAGCUGCUGAAGUUGUAAGUGAGGAGACCUCCGAGGCAGGACUCUUUGACAUGGAUGAAGAUGGAGAAAAGCCAGAAAAGCGUGACAUGAUGGCUCAUCCCAUUGCAGAACGCCUGGACAUCCUGAUGAUUAUAUUGUUUUCAUAUGUUAAGGAUGUCUGCCAUGUUAAUGGGAAACUUGAUAUUGGCAAAACCAAGGACUUAUAUCGAGAUCUGGUGGCUAUAUUUGAUAAGCUAAUUUUGCCAACCCAUGGCUCGUGUCAUGUGCAGUACAUCAUGUUCUACCUCUGCAGCUUGAAAUUGGGGGUCGCAGAAGCGUUUGUGGAGCACCUUUGGAAAAAGCUUCAGAAUCCAAAUACUCCCGCCGUGAUCAGGCAGGCAGCCGCGAACUACGUCGGCAGCUUUUUGGCCCGGGCAAGGUUUAUUCCAGUUGUUACGGUGAAAGCCUGCCUGGACCUGCUGGUGAGCUGGCUGCACCUCUACAUCGACAACCAGGGCACAGGGGCGAAGGCUUUCUGCGACAUGACCCUUCAUCGUCCCUUCUAUGCCGCUUGCCAGACUGUGUUCUACGUGGUCAUCUUUCGCCACAAGCAAAUCUUGGACGGCAGCCUGAAGAAAGGCCUCGCGUUCCUGCAGAACUUAAACUUUGAGCGCAUCGUUAUGUGUCAGUUGAACCCCCUGAAUGUUUGCUUGCCUUCCAUUGUGAAUUAUUUUGCUGCCGUGACCAGGAAGUACCAGAUUGCAUUCUGUGACACCAUCAUCGAGAGGAACAGGAGGGAGGUUUUGCCGAUGGUCGUAAGCAGCUACGGGGGCGACUCCCUGGAGACUUGCACCAACCCCCUUGACACUUUUUUCCCGUUUGAUCCUUACAGCCUCAGAAGAUCCAAGGACAUAAUUGACCCUCUGUAUCAGUCCUGGGAAGAGGAAAGUGCUGAGGACCUCAGAGAGGCUACAGACAUCGCCAAGGAGAGCAAAAGUGAAGAGGAAGAUGACUUCUUGAAAGGUGAAACUCCUCAAAAUGACGGCCUGAUUGGUAUGCUGCCCGGCUCCUUUGACUCGGCUCUUCAGAGUCCAGAAACGCACAUAGGGUCACCGCCAGGGCCAUCUUCGCAGCUCUGACCUUCCGGGAUCAGCCGGACAAAGACUUUGGGAAAUCAUCAUUUUUAAGAAAGAGAAUUGGGGGGGGGGGGACACUUUCUAAACGGAGUAAAAAUGUGGGGGACAGGGACAAGGUGUGGGGAGCGUUCCUCUGUCUCACAGCGAUGAUUUGAUCAUCUUUUUUUUUACCGUACCUGAAAGAAUCUUUAGGGAGAAGACCUGCUAGCAUUCAGCAUCAUUUCCUUUUCAUUUCUGCGUCUUGGUUUGCAAGAGCUCAUCAUAUGUAUUAAAUAUUUCGUGACUACGA